ACAGUACAGUUCCUAUGCAACUACGAAAGAGAUCAUACUGAGUGCCGUGUGAACAAUGCCUCAGAUUUAGGCGAAUGGAAAUGUGCAAACGGUCAAACUCACUGUCAGAUCAGUGCAGCGGCAGAGUGUGGGACAGCGGGGCUUGUCUCUGGUAGGUGGGGUCUGUCCCAUGUGUCGACUGUCUGAUGGAGAGAAGAGGGGCACAGCACAGUGAGUAUGAAAGGAUACAGAGUGCUACGCAGAGAGAGACUGCAGGCAUGCAGGAACACAGAGCGGCAUAUAUGUUUAAAGAGGCUGCAGCAGAGUGGGCUUUUGAUGAGGUAAGAAAGCUGAAAUGAGACCAGUGCAUUUAAUGUCUCUUCUUGUGUUGCUAUUAUGGAUGAAUCUUUGCACUCUAAAGCUUUUAUUGAGUGUAUGUAAAGAGGUUUUAAAAGGGGAAGGGGGUUUCAAGAUUGCACUCUAGUACUAGCUAUUAGCUAUUAACUGCAGACAUCUUGGCAAUACGCACAACUGAUGAGUGGUUGCACUAAUUGUGUCCUGAUGUGAUUUUUGUUUUUCUUCAGGUGUGUUAACCAUGAGGUCCACAGACACCUGAUGUUACAGAUGUGCCAGAUGUAUGAUUGGACAAUAACCCUCAAAACCUACAACAUGUGACUGUGGUGGAGUUUAUGGACUAUCGCCAUGCUCUCUCUGUGGAAUCUUUAUCUUCUUCUCCCCUUAUCCUUGCCUCUCUCACUACAUGUUAUAGCCUUGACUGAAGCUCACGUUAAGGAAACCGAACAGGCAGACACUGACACAGCAUUGUUGUCCUCACAGAAACCUCAUGGAUCUGAUUUAGCAGCGGGAAAUCCCGUCUUUGGAACUGAAAAUGUUGACUUUCUGGGUCUACCUCUGAGUUGGGCUUUCUUGUCAUCUGAGGACUUAGAUAAUCAGGGUGUGAUUGGUGAAUACGCUGAUUUACAGGAGAGCACAGAGGCGUCUCUCAUCUAUCCUAAUGAGAAGGGACACAUGAUAUUCAGAUCCACAGAUAGUGCUUCAGAAGAUGCUAACUCCAAGGAGAGUACACAACCUCAGCCUACGCAGGAACAACAGACAUUAAAGUAUCAGCCAGCUGAGACCAGGACUGGAUCUUCAUUGCAAUCCACACAAUCUGGAGAGAAUCAGACAACUUUCCCAGCCUUGCAGAAUGAGACUACUAAUAGUCAGUCACCUUUUCUUUUGCCUGGCUCCCUUCCAUCAGAACAGGACUCUACUUCACCACUAUUUGCUGGAUCUGGUCCCAGUUCUGAGCCAGUACUCACUGGCAGGUGGGAAUGGACCACAGACCCUUCUGUUAUCACAAGGAGGAAGACACAGGAGAGGACUGUCCUAGUAAAAGAGGCCAGAGGUGGACAGAUUGAUAUUACAGACCAUAUUUUACACACAGGAGCUGUCAGCAUAGAGAAAGAUACAGAUCAUUCCAAAGAUGAUGACUUGCUUGUUUCAAAGACUAGUGGCACACUCCUACUUGAUGGGAACAUGGCCACAUCUGUCACACCCUGCAAAACAUCAAACCAGUCCUGGACUCCCACCUACCCGGAUGAUUUUACUCCCACUGAGUCCCUGCACCCCUCUCUGGCUCUCAGCCCUGCCCUUUUGGUCCCUCUGUAUUCAGACUGGAACUCUGCCCUUGCAACAUGGGGAUUUGCCUGGGAGGUACACAUUUAUGGCCUGGGGUCUGUCUUCACUGUAUUUGGCCUUAUCUCCAUCAUAUGUCUGUUAGGCCUGCCCCUGCGGUGUCCACCAGGAAUCCCUUACCUCACCCUGCUGCACCUGUUCCUCUUGGCAUUUACAGGGAUCCAAGCUUUUAGUUUGCUCUACGAUGCUUAUAGUCACCAAGACCGUCUUCCACCUCUGGGCUCUCUGCUGCUCUCUGAGCUUCCUUUCCCCUGCUUGAUCUCAGGUUUCUGCCUGGCCAUUCUGCUCCUUUCCUUACGUCCACGCAUGCAUCUCUCACUCCCACUUGCUAAUUCCACCUCAUUCUCAAUCUUGCCCAAGCCCUGCCUGCUACUGUGCAUGUCCCUGUUCUAUUCUGCAGUCUCUCUGGGGUGUGCUGGCUUGCUCCAGCUCUUUCACAGCCUCCCCACUGUGAUCCUGCUUUUCCCUCAGGGCAUGUUUGUAUGUCUCACCAUCUUUCUGUCAUGCUCCUACCUCAUCUUUUACUGCUUAAUACAAGUCGACACUAAACACAUCUACAGGCUGAAUGACAAUGGAGAGAGUGGAGGAUCUCCUGAAGUGAUGCGGCCUGCAAGUUGCCCCUUUCCCAAAGCAGAAGACUGGAGUAGGGCGGCAGGGGCUGGGGUAGGGGCUUCAUUGUGUUUGCUAGGGUGUGGAGGCCUCCAAUUUUAUGGGAUACUGCAUGCUCUUGGUUUUGGAGGCAUUGAUGGCUAUGGCUUCCAGCCUUGGCCCUGGUGGGGCUACCAGGUAGGCUGCAGGCUCUGUGAGGUUGGGGUGUGUCUGGGUUUGUCUCUCAUUGGUACUCACCCUUUAUUCUGUCACAACAACUCCUCAGUCAAAACCAUAACUCAUCCUCGGCCAGGAUCUUGGUCGCGCCUCUCCUGCAACUCCCCUUCACGAGGGCUCACCUUGCCUUCUGAGGCAGGUGCAAAUUCUCCAACUCUUUCCUCUCGUGACUCCUGGACCCAGAGUAAGCAGGAAAAGCUGGUAGUCUGUGAUGUCAUCACUAAGGGACAGUCAGAAGCUCUUCCUCUUUUUUCAAUGGUGGAUCCUCCUGGAAAUGGACUAGACUGUGUCCCCAAGUCCAGCCAAACCCAGAACACUGUACCUCUACCUCUGCCUACACCCCCAAGCCCACCACACAAGCCUAUAAAGGCAGUUGAGUCUCAGCUAUCAUCACUGGACAGCCUACGACUGGAGACUGACUCCACAAUGGACCUGCGACCCCCAUCUCCCAUAAACUUGUCUCGCAGCAUUGACCAGGCUCUGUUCAGUGAAUCCCUCUUCUCUAACAGUAUCUUUGGUUUGCCAAGACUAUUGCAUGCUUCUUCUAGGCUCUCUUUGAGCUCUCCUAGCCAAGGUGUGUCAAAGCAAGGGCCUAGCUCUGUGGAAACAGCCCUAUACCGUACCUCCUCCUGUGGCGAUGUGGAUCAAGAGAAUGUCCUGUCCAGUUCAAGACCUUCCCACCCGCAUGGCACUCUGACAUCUCACAGCAAAACAUCAAUGUCACCAGAGCAAUGGGAUUGGAAAGGGAGCAUCUCUGGCUCAACCCAGGUUUUGUGCAGCAACUCCAAAGAGACGGGAAAGCUGCGUUCACAUUCCUGGGCCAACAGAGGUCAAAACUUUGCCCAGAGCAGCCUCCCACGAGCAAUUCCCCACCUGUCAUACCACAGGCAUUACAGAACCCUGAGCUUAGCCUCCCAGGACAGUCGUGGAUCUAGCCGGCUGGCAGGAACUAAACACCUGAGUGAAAGCAAACAGUUGGAAUGGGAUCUGGCUGUACAGGCAGAAUUUGUCAACGUGUGCAAACAAAUUGAUGCUCUGAGUAUUUGCAGUGACACGAUUGAAUUGUAGAAAGUUCUAAAUCAUGAUUGGAAUUAGGAUACAUUGAGGAAAUCAAUUGUAAAUUACUAGAUAUAUACAGAUGAAAAUAAUUACCUGAACUAUAAAUAAAGCACUGUUAAUAUUGUACUAGACUUUAAUGGAUGACUUCAUCAUGCUGUUUUCAGCAACACCAAGCUUUUCUCUUUGCAGUAAUGAUUUUUUAUUAUUAUUAUUAUAUUGUGAAAGUAUUGUAGUUUAAAUGCUCAUUCCAGUUUGACAUUCAUGAAUGUCAAGGAUCAGAUAUGUUUUGCUAAAGGGCAUCUAGCCAUCAAGACGUUAACUAAAGCAGCCAUUUUAAUAUCUGUAUAACUGACAAGCUUUUUUAUAUGUGAAGCUAUACUCCAUAGAGAAAUUGUAAGGGUCUGUGAAAGGAAUAACAGAGAGUCUUCUUCAACAAUAAAUGCACAAACAAUAUGGGCUCAAACAAAGUUUCAUUUUACACCACUGCUUUACUGCUGUGGUUUCAAAAAGGUAUGUAUAUUAAGAAAAGCCCUGUGGACCUUUUUCUUGUUGUGAUUGUAUGGACAGUUCUAUCUACAGUGGUAAACAUUAUGAGGAAAUAUUAAAAUAUUAAAACCUAAUUCACCAGAGGGCACUCAAAAAUUACAGUCUGUGAUGGUGAAGCAUAAUAGUUAUGCAGACUCAGGAUCAGCACUGUGCCGGCAAUUAAGUUGCGUGCAGAGCGAGCAUACUUAUACUUCAUCACAAGAACAGAUGUUUCGGAAGGUACUUUUCUUACAGGAGUAUCAUGCGGUUUCAGUGUAGUGCAAUAUACAUGGACCUUCAAGAAAAAAUCUUACAUACACAGGAUGAGUUUGUCUUCCAUGUUUUUGUAUUGCCUGCGUAGCCAACCAUUUGAGAUCUAUUUCUAAAACCUUAUUAGCCAAUAUUGUCAUUGUGGAUUGCCAACACAGAGAUGUCUGGGCACACUCUGAGCCAUUACUGAAAGGGUAAAAAAUUAUGUUAAAUUCUGAAUACAUUCAAUACAUCUGAAUACAUUGUCCUAUAGUGAGUCAUCUUGUGGUUGUAUUUACUAGUCAGUCUUCUGGAGAUAUAACAUAAAUGUUAAAAUAAUAUCCAAAUGCCCUUGCCAAUAUCAUCUUUAUUCCACACUAUUUACAGUAAAUAUAGUUUGAAGCCUUAGGGUGAGUGGUAGAAGAAGACAAAUGUAUUUUCUGUAUUUUCUGAGUCCUUUAAAGAAAAACAACUGUCAUAAAUUUUUUUCAGUCAUCACAAUAGAAUUGGG